CAGUCCAGUAGUCAAGAAAUCAACACAAAACACAAAACAUGGCUUGCGCUGAAAUUGAAGACAGUUCCAAACAGCUAUCUCAGUGCGGCAUCACCAAAGCUGAUGAAGAUACAGUAAUACUAGAUCCGAGUUAUAAUCAAAGACUUCGAAACGCCAUAGCGGACACGUUUGGUCAUCAUGUCACACAGCCCACCAGGUUAAUGCGCGUCAUCCAGAAAUAUAACUGUGGUAUUUUGACCCCGGAUGAUAUGGUAAGUUGUUAUAUACUUUCAAGUUCAAAUAUAUAUGUCCUCUUAUUGUAAAAAAAAUAAAUAGUCUUCAUCCAGUAGUAAUUUAAGGAAAAGAAUGGACACCAUUUUAAAAGCUCAAUUUUUUAACGUUUUUAUUUUUUUUAAAUUUACAGUUUUUAACAAAACUUUUUAAAAGUACUAAAUAUAUUAUUUAUUUUUAAAAAGGCACUGAUUUUUUUUUUUUUUUAUAAAAAUGGUCACAAAUUUUUUUAAAUGGGGAAAUUGAUAUUUUUAAAAAGGGACUUUAUUUUUUUAAAGAGGGCACUAAUUUUUUAAAGGGCACUGAUUUUUUUAAAAAUAAAAAAAAGAAUAUAAAAUACACCAGUUUUACAAAUUUAACAUUGAUGUUUUAAAAAAAAAAAAAAAAAAAUGGAAUCAAUCUAAAAGCGUUGGGAAUCAUGCCUUGAUAAUUUUUGUUCUCAUGUAUCAAUUUAAUUACUAACAGUGUAAUUAUAAUAACAAUGAUAGGUAGUGAGAAGUUAUGCUCGGCUUCACAUAGAAAACAAUGUUCUUUCAAUUUAUGAAUAUUUACUACAGCUGGGGUACAAAUCUAGAUUCAUAAGGCUACCAGGAUUACAAUUUAGAGUUAUAGGUUAACAACAGCCUUAACGACAAAUGGAAGAAGCAAGAUUAAUAUAUUUUUUGUUUUUUCACUAUCACUCGAAAAGGAACCUAAUACUUAAUAUCAUGUUUUUCUUUCUUUUUUUUAUAAAAAACUUUGAAAAUAAACAUAAUUAAAAUAAAAAAUGGCUUUCUUUUCCUGAAUACCAUAAACAUACGCAACAACUGAAAAAAUAACGUUGCCAGGGAGGACAACUCGAUAGUCACACCAUCUAUAGUCCUUUAUUGUUUCGAAGAGUUCGUCAUGGACGUAAAAAGAGUGAAAACUGUGAUGACUGUCUUAUAUUCACCAGGUCAUUUUGGAAGUCUUGACCAGACAGUGAAGUCAUUUACUAGUCCAAAGGGACCUACUCAAUUAUCUUAACACUCAUCGCCGUCAGACUUUCCCAGUAAAGUGAAACUAUUGGAUGAAGCACUAUGUAACUAGCGACCUCAGUUUUUGUUUUAACUUCUGCUCUUUAACAACUAUUGAUCAUUGCCAGGACUUCGUUAAAACCCAAGAUCAAAACAAAGGACGAAUGGCGGCAAACGAGGCCUUGUUGGAUCGACUUCACGUUUACAAAAACUGGUUCCAUUACCUGCUGCUGUCAGUCAAAGACGAAGGCGUUAGGUUGGGAUUUUUAGAGAGGGAGUUCCAAGACAUUAAAGGUAAGAGGAAUGGCAGUUAUAGAACGUACCUGGAUUCCAAGACAUUAAAGGUAAGACUUACCUGUCUUCCAAGACAUUAAAGGUAAGAAUUAACUGUAUUUGAACACAUUAAAGGUAAGACAGCUAGCAGUUAAAAUAUGCUUAAAUUGUCUACCUGAAUAGUGAUGUAAACAAAAAUAACUGUUUUUCAAUUAAUAGAACUGGUAAAUGCAACGAUCCAUUAUUUUACAAUACAUUGCGAUGUCUGCUAUUAACCUGUAAUCUUACUACUUCGAUUUAGAUGAUUUGGACGAGAUGAUUUUAUCUGAAAGCAAUGAGGUAAGAAAUAUGAAUUAUUGCUUACUAUUUUAAAAUUUAUGAAAGAUUGUUUUUAAAUAUAUAAAUUUCCAUUUUAGGGUUAAGACAAAAAAAAAUCAAUCAAAACGAAUACAGGCACACGAUAUAUUACAUAUGCUUACUUUAAAUUUAAUAAAAUAAUUUAUUUCAAUAACUUAAUAUAUUUCAAUAGCUUACUUUACUUCAAUAACUUACUUUACAUCAAUAACUUACUUUAUUUCAAUAACUUACGACUUUCAAUUACUUACUACUUUUCAAUAAAUUACUAUAUUUCAGUAACCUAUCAAAUUUUAUUAACUUACUAUAAUUCAAUAACUUACUAUAUUGCAAUUAGUUAUUAUAUUUCAAACUUACUAUAUUUCAAUGACUUACUAAUAUUUCAAUAACUUCCUACUGUCAAUAACUUACUACUUUUCAAUAACUUACUACUUUUCAAUAACUUACUACAACUUAUUAGCUUACUAUAUUUCAAUAACUUACCAUGUUUAAAAUAUUUACUAUAUUUCAAUAACUUACCAAUAUUUCAAAAACUUACUAUAUUUCAAUAACUUACUUUAUUUCAAUUACUUUAUAUUAAUAUAUAUAUAUAUAUAUAUAUAUAUAUAUAUAUAUCAUUACUCCAGGAGCAAACAUUUCUUUCUUAUGGUAAGUGUUUAUGCUAUUAUAAAAAUAAAUAUCAAAAACAAUAUAUAUUUUUUGUUGUUUUUUUUUU